CCCAUGUGACUGGAACCCAUAUUGGAUUUCGGACAACAUGGCUUCAGUGCAAGUGGAGUUACCUGAGGAUUCUCAUCCUGGAGAAGAGGAAGGAGUUGCAGAAGAGAAUGCCAGUACCCUUUUGUCGCCAGACGCCCUCAUCAAACACCCCUUACAAAACAAGUGGGCUCUCUGGUUCUUCAAGAAUGACCGCACAAAAGAAUGGACAGCAAACUUGAAACUCGUCACAUCCUUCGACACAGUGGAAGAUUUUUGGGCAUUAUACAACCAUGUGCAGAAAGCUAGCAAGCUGCCAUCAGGCUGUGAUUAUUCUUUGUUCAAGGAUGGUAUUCAGCCCAUGUGGGAAGAUGGUCAAAACAAAGAUGGAGGCCGAUGGUUAAUCAAUCUCAACAAACAACAGAGACAUUCAGAUCUGGACAAUUUCUGGUUAGAAACGUUACUGUGUCUAAUAGGCGAGUCAUUUGAGGAAUACAGCGACGAUGUUAACGGUGCAGUGGUGAAUGUACGAAACAAGGGAGACAAACUCAGUCUGUGGACGAGAGAUGCUACACGGCCCGACGCAAUCAUGAAAAUAGGGAAAAAAUUAAAGGACAGUCUAAAAAUACCCAUCAAAAUUGCAAUAGGUUUCCAGGCACAUACAGACACCAUGACGAAAACAGGAUCUACGGCCCGGGACCGGUUUAGAGUAUAACAUUAGGAUCUUAGUCACGGAAUGAUUGGCCUGUUUGUUUGUGUGUGUGUCUGCUGUGAGAGAGAGAGAGAGAGAGAGAGCGGAAAUAUUACAUUGGAUUACGAGCAACAGCUGGAUUGGAAAUGAGCAUAAAGAUACAGAUCCUGUCUGUUGAUAUGAGCAAGCUAAACAGACACGAGACUCUGAUGGAGAGAAUUCUGUCCGUAGUACGGUAAUUUGCAGAUUUCUCUCCAUUAAGUCUUGCCUACAUACCCAUGUGUCUGUUUGGUACAAGUCUUGUCAUGAACAUGUUGUUCUCUUGGCACAAUUUCUUCAAAGAAAUCAGAAAUCUCGCUUCAAAAGUCUGAAGAUUUCGCUGUCCUAGAGAUCAUAUUUGGACAAAUUAAUGAAAAAAACAUGUAUGUUUCAGUCUAGAAUUUAUUUGCCAUCAGUCCUAACUUGUAGAUGAUUAUGGUAAAGUUGGUGUGCUAAAGCUAGGUAAUCUCCUGUAGUCGAAUGUCAAUGUCAACUGCUAUUUUGGUAGUGUAUUUUAAUUAUAGAGGUCAAUUAGCAAUUAAGUUUGACAAAGGCAGGAUUCAUAAGCUCUGACAGCUGUUAAAAGCUGAGGCAUGACUCAUGGUGAAUUUUAUUUUUAAAAAACCCAUUUUUUCUGUGCUGCAAAUGUAUGCAAUCCACAUCACACAUUUUUGUUACCUGUUUUAUGGUAUUUAAAGCCCAAUGCUUGAUGGUUCAAACAAAAGUUUAUCGGAUUGUUUAUUAAUUUAAGAUAAAAUUAAGAUUCAUGAUUAACAUAUAUAUGUGUUAACAAAAUAUUUGAUUGAUAUGAAUUUGAGAAGUAGAUUUUAAAUUUCCAUUGGACUUGUCUAUGUCAAAAUUGUUGGAAGACUUGACACGAGAUUAUGAAGAGGUUUUGUGAUAUAAGGUGCCGUUAAAAACUGUGCUGUUUUAGCCUCCCAGUCCACUUGAGUGUAACGGACAUCUGGAAUCCCAUCCUAAGUUUUGCCAACACCAGACUGAGAAGUAGCUAUUGCCAUAUGUAGGAUAACUUUUGGUACGGCAAUGUGUUUGACCAUGAUUGCACCAUCUUCUCCUGUAUUUGACAUUUGAUGAUAUGUGACUGAUAGUUUGGAUUUACAAAAGGAACUUUUUUGUUUGAUAUAGAUAACAAACUUUAUUUUUAAUUGUUUGAUUUGAUUUUUCAAUAUCAGUGUAUAAGUUUUAUAUCAAAUACAGGACAUGAUGGAUCCAGAAUUUGAUUUAUUCCAAAAGAAAUUUGUCUUACCUGUGCUUGUAAAAUGAUGUAAAUAUGUAAUUGUCGUUUACAGAUGCAUUCUUUUGUGUACACGUACGUGAAACACGUUGUUACUUUGCUCGUGAGAAUUAAUCAGAAAAAAAACAUGGUAUCAUUAUAUAUGUUUCAUUUGAAGGCAUUUACACAUUUAUUUAUUCAUUCGACUGUUGUUGACCCCUUCCAUAUAACAGUUUAUUUGCACGUCUGUACGUCAGAAACCGGAAUCCAAAGGUGAAGUAAUCGCUGUAAUCUGUAAAUCUGGUAUAACAGUAUUUUGCUGAAGCAUAGAUCCUUUUUGAGAAGAUCUUCAGGUAACUACUACAAGAUAUUUUACUUGUUGAAUACCUUCUUGGUGAAUUUUCUGCUGUGUUUUCAGUUUGGUAAACAAGGGUCAGUUCCUAUGUAAUUCGGGGGGGGGGGGGGGAAUACAAUAAUUUAGAAGCUAGUUCUAGGUAUCUGAUGAACGUGUACAGACUGAAGGGAGGUAACUUUUCACUUUUUACAGUUGACACACCAUACAUCUACAUAUUACAAUCAGUUUUCAGCAAUCAUGGAUCAUAAUGUUCGAAAACCAAAAUAAAUUCCUUUUAUUUCCGAAAAUUUCAGAAAUAAUGCUAACUGGAAAGUUUUUUGUUUUUAAUUAUUUUUUUUUUUUUUUUUUUUUUCAUCCUUUAAUCGACCAUUAUUUCUGUCUUGAAAAUCACCAUACAAAAGUAAACAGUUAACGGCUACCCCGCUACCUGGUAUCGGAUAUCAACAAGUCCCUCCUAUUUGUCCCUUAGAAACAUAACUUGGGUAAGAUUUUAUAUGUUUUUCUUCACAUGUAGGAAAGAAAAUGGUUUCAGUUUUAUAAAAUCAAUCUGAUGUGAUCAACCAUAAGUGAUGAGUCAUUAUCUGGAAAAUGGAACUACUUUGUAACACUUGAUGCAUGACAUUUGGUAGUCGUUGUUUGGGUAAUACUUCCAGGUAAAGACAAAUAGUUUCAUCAAUAACUGUUGUUGUCUAAGGGAACAACGUUACCACAGUGUUGUUUGUCAAGUGUCGAAUUGUCUGUAUUUUGGUGAGAAAUCAAAAGUUGAAAAAAGAAAAAGGAAAAAAAAAAUUAUCACAAUCUAGACUACAUUAGAAUAGCCUACACAUACAGAUCCAAAAUAGAAUUUUUGAAUAGUUUUGAAGCAGUCAACUUAAGAUAAAAACAUAUUUUAUUUUGGUAUUUAAAGCUCAAAUGUGAUGCAUGUUCAUGUACAAUUCCUUGUUUGAAAAAUUCUAACCGGCAAAUAUGAAAUGUGUGUUAGCAGAAAAGUCCUGCAGGAAUUUGGAUUGUUGUCAGUACAAGUUCGAUAAUUCAGGAAUUGUGCUGUGAACAUUAUCACAAAUGCAUGUACAUUCAGUAAAUUGUAAAAUGUAUUGUUUUAUUUCAGGGAAAAGAUUUUAAGUACAUGUACAUUGAUUAAAACAAAACUGCAAGGAAAAAUUUGUCUUAAAAACUCAAAGAGUUGUCUAACUUGUAGCUAUAUUUUGGAGGCACCUCCAUCAGUCGGAAAGAUGUGGGUUUUUUUUUUUUUUUUUUGUCACAUGCUAAAGUACAGAAUGAUAUCUCGUUUCAUUGUAUGGGACCUUUUUCAUAGCGACAGAAUAAAACUGGUUAGAUUUGACUUGCAAAAUUGCGAACAAUUUAUUUACCGAUAAUAAGUUGCUGACCAGAUGACACUGUACAUAGAAUGUGACUGGUCAACAUGGCGUGUUUGAGACCUGUAUAUAUGGAAGACAGUUUUGAUUUCUGUGUAGAGGAUCAUUAUAUAGUAGAACAUAGUGCUGGUACAAUUGUACUAUAUGUCAAGUGCUUCAUGCUUUUUUUUUUUUCAUUGCCAUAUUGCUAUUUGUCAUUCUGAUAAAUUAUCUUGUUGGAUGUCUUACCUAUUGUUUCUUAAUAUUGCAUAAAAUGGUGGUGUUAAAAAAAAAUCUUUACAACUUUUGGGGAUAUGAAACUUUAAGUUUUAGUAAGUAAAACCAUUAUUGGUAGUUUUUUUAUAAGACCAAGAUAAUUAUAGGUUUAAGCGUUUGAAUGAAUUGGUACAGUGUAUUACAAUUCUUGGAUUUGAUUAAUGAUCAGUACGACUUGUGAGGGACUUUUAUCUUGAUACUGGCUGUUUUGUUAAUUAGUGACUUGGGGGGGGGGGGGGGGGGGGGGGGCACUAUCAGUAUGUAUUAUAUAUAAUAUUUAAAAAUAAGAAAAGAAAGAAGGUGCAGCCACAUUCAACUGCUCGAGAUCAAUUGGCUGAUUUCUGAAGAAUAAAUUUUGUGUUGUCAUUGUUAAAUAUAAUCUCUGCCUUAAAAGUAUUUUGACAUGUAAUACCCAGUCUCUGUCUUGAUAUAUGGUAUCUGUUAAAGUUUAUCUUUCUUUCAUACAGUUCAUAUUGCCGAUGGGGUAUAUAUGCUAGGUUAAGUGGAAAAUAUUUCACAAUGAAGAUGUUUUCGCAUUUAUUUUUUCUUUAAACACUCGAAAAGAGAUUGCUGCACUGCAUAUACAGGUAGAUGCAUGAAGGAUUUUACAGAUAUUUUUUUUUCAUGUUUUGAAAUAUUUUCUUUGUGUAGUCCAGAAAUUGCGGUUUAUAAGUAACGUAACAGAUCAUGUCCAUUUUGUUCAACUUGCAUGUAUCGUCCAUUAAAAUUGUUGUUUCCCUCUUUUUUCCUAAUAAUGAUAACAGAUGUUUGGGGAAAACUGAUUCAAAUAGUUACAGAACUUCCUCAACAGGCAUUAUUUUGAAUUUGUUGUGUUUUGGGUCACAUAAUUAUUAUUUUAGGUAUCAUUUUCUGAUUAUCAUUUCCUGUUAUAAUAAUUGAAAUGUUUAAAUCUGUGUAUACUUACUGCAGACUGUAGGCUGUGUUUCCAUGGUAAACAAGACUAUUGGGCAGAUUGUGUAUGUUAUAUAUAUCAUUGCAGUCUUGGAGAAUAUGUUCAAUCUAUCAGCGCACACAUUAUGUGUUUUGAUUUAGUUAACUCUUGGGCUUGUGAAAAAUAUAAUCAAAUAUGUCGUGCAAGGACAUGGAUCAUUGCAUGUUUCUUGCCUUGUGUUUAUUUUUCACGGUCAAGGGAGGUAAUCCAGGAAAAUAUAUGCUAGAGUUAUCUCCCUGAAAUUGAUGUGUGGAUUGCCCAAUUGGACAUAAUUCUUGGGAUUGGACAUUAAUAUGUUGUUAGGGUCGGAAUGAAUGUCACUGUUUUGGGGCGGUCAGUCGACAGCAUGGUUACUCUAUCACCCAUCAAAGUGACUGUCAUUAUUGUUUACUAUCUAACACUGCCUGGGUGAAUGUCAGUUGCCAUUUUGAGAAAGUAAAAUACGUGCUGGUGUUCAUGCUGACUUGCAGUGGCUGCUGUAAAUGUCGGAGUGUGGUAUAAAUGGUGUGAAGAAGACAGCGAGAUAUUACGUGUGUCUGCCUACCCUGCCAGACGUAAUCACAGUACCUGAUUUCUUAAAUAAACCUGAUUCUUAAAGCUUAA